AUGUUUUAUGCGGUCCUCUUCUUUGCCACACUCCUGCUGCUCUUUCUGUGCGGGGGCGUAAGGAAGCCAGCGAAGUUCCCGCCAGGUCCCAAAUGGUAUCCCAUUGUGGGAAGUGCCUUGCAGAUCUCACAGAUGCGUCUGCGCUGUGGCAUGUUCUGCAAGGUGAUCGAUGAGCUGGCGAAGCGUUAUCUGAACCCUUAUGGGCUGUACGGACUGAAGAUUGGCAAGGACAAGCUGGUGAUUGCCUAUACGAACGAUAGUAUAAGUGAGAUGAUGACUAAUGAGGACAUCGAUGGGCGACCCGAUGGGAUUUUCUAUCGUGUACGCACCUUCAACUCCAGACUGGGUAUACUUCUGACCGAUGGAGAAAUGUGGGUGGAGCAGCGACGUUUCAUUUUUCGGCAUUUGAAGAACUUUGGCUUCGCACGCAGCGGCAUGAUGGACAUUGUGCAUCAUGAGGCCACCUGUUUGUUGCAGGGCCUCAGAGAGAAGGUCCUCGCUGCGGGGGGCGGACCCACCAGGAUUCCCAUGCAUGAUCUGUUCGCUAUCUACGUUCUGAACACACUUUGGUGCAUGCUCAGUGGUCGGAGAUAUGAGAGAGACAGUCCUGAGAUCACAGAGCUAUUGGAAAUGUUUCAUGAGCUAUUCAAAAAUAUUGACAUGGUUGGAGCGCUUUUCAGCCACUUUCCGCUCUUGCGCUUCAUAGCCCCCGAUUAUUCGGGCUAUACGGCAUUCAUGGAGAGUCAUAGAGCGCUCUAUGCUUUCAUGCGUAAGGAGAUUGAGCUUCACAGGAGCAGUUACCGGAACUAUGACACACCCAGGGACCUCAUGGAUAGCUAUCUGAGGGCCCAGGAGGCUGGCAACGAUAGCAAGCAAAUGUUCAGCGAUGAGAGCCUGCUGGCCACUUGCCUCGACUUGUUUCUAGCUGGCUCAGAGACCACAAACAAGAGCUUGGGAUUCUGUUUUAUGCAUAUGGUCCUCCAGCCGGAGAUACAGGAACGAGCUUACACUGAGAUCAAAGAGGUUGUGGGUCUGGAGCGCAUACCUGAGUGGAGUGAUCGCCCCAAAAUGCCUUACUGCGAGGCCAUAACAAUGGAGGCCUUAAGGAUGUUUAUGGCUCACACCUUUGGCAUACCACAUCGGGCUGUCUGCGAUACGCGGCUGUCCGGGUACGAAAUACCCAAGGACACAAUGGUUAUUGCCUGCUUUAGAGGCAUGCUUAACAACCCCGUUGACUUCCCCGAACCGGAAUCCUUCGAUCCAACACGCUUUCUGAUCGAUGGCCAACUCAAAUUGCCAGAGGCCUUUAAUCCCUUCGGUUUCGGCCGACAUCGUUGCAUGGGUGACCUGCUAGGCCGCCAGAAUCUGUUUAUGUUCACGACCACCAUCUUGCAGCACUUCAAGCUGAUCGCCCUGCCUGGAAUGAUGCCCGAGGAAGUGCCAUUGGAUGGGAUCACAGCAGCUGUCAAGCCCUACGAUGUGCUUUUCGUACCACGUUGCGGGGUCAAGUCUUAA